AUGGCGUCUAGCGUGGAUGCCAAGCUGCUCAAGCAGACCAAGUUUCCUCCCGAGUUCAGUCGGAAGGUGGACAUGACCAAGGUCAAUAUCGAGGUCAUGAAGAAAUGGAUCGCUGGGAAAAUAUCCGAGAUCCUAGGAAACGAAGAUGACGUCGUGAUUGAACUAUGCUUCAACCUGUUGGAGGGUACCCGAUUCCCCGACAUCAAAUCCCUACAGAUUCAGCUUACGGGCUUCCUCGACAAAGACACGGCCAAAUUCUGCAAAGAGCUAUGGAGUCUCUGUCUGAGCGCCCAGGAAAACCCGCAAGGCGUCCCGAAAGAAUUACUGGAAGCGAAGAAGCUGGAGCUCAUCCAGGAAAAGAUCGCUGCGGAGAAAGCCGCGGAGGAGGCGCGUCGGCAGAAAGAGCAGGAGCGCGCUCGCGAACGAGAGUUGGAAGAUAUCCGGCGACGGGAACGCUCCGAUCGCAUGAGAGGUGGACGACGGGGAGGACGCGGCGGAGGACGAGACUUUGACAGACGGCGGUCGCCGCCGCGACGCCGCAGCCGCGACCGGUUCCGUGAGCCUCCCUCGCGGCGCGAAUUCGAUUCCUACGUUCCCUCGGGCUCGCGCCGGGGUCGUCGACCCUCGCCCUCUGCCCACCAGUCCCGUGAUGAUGAUGACCGCCGCGUGAGUCGCAGCAGAGACGGCAGACGUCGCCGCGCGUCCAGCAGUGUCAGUCGUAGCCGCAGCCGAGGCCGCUCGCGCACCGCCAGCUCCAGUCCCCGGCGUCAUCGGGACGAUUCCCGCAGUCGCAGCCGCGACCGCAAGAGACGUCGGUCGCUUCAGAGAUAUGCCCCCGCCGCGCGAAGACGGCGUAAUACCUCUUCGAUAUCCGUCCGUAGUGAGAAGCGACAGAGGAUGGCUGAUCAUGACGAGGAUUUUGCGAUGCGAUCGCCGCCGCCGCCGGAGAAGCCGUCGGGCUCGACAGACCGUGCGAUGAAGGAUACCGACGAGACUAGAUCCUCUGAGAAAUCUUCCCGACCACGCAUCUCCAGCACCGAGUUACGCGAGAGACUCCUUCGCGAGAAGCUUGUGGCCAUGCGUCGUACCACCUCCAGCGACAAGGGGGCUCUUGUAGAUCUUGAAAUAUCGGUCAAUAUCCGAAGUUGCGAGCACGUAGAUCAGGAAACAGGAGAGACAACGUCUAUCGGAUUACAAAAGAAAGCACAAGAUGGUGUGCGAGAUACCUAA